AUGAAGCGAUUUGCUACCCCUUCGCUGGCGGCCGUUGCCACUUGCCGUUACUUCUUUGGAAAAGGCUGGGAUAACGCUGCCUUGGAUACGAUUUACUCCUGUAUGCUCCGGAAGCCAGAAGUUAACGACCGCGUUCGAAGCCAGUAUGCCUGCACCAUGGAUCCUCGCGAUGCGGAUGUGCUCCGGCGUCUGGGAGAGGUUGCCAAGGAAAACAAAACCUUUAUUCGCGUUUUCCUUCCACCGCAUUUGGGGGAUCCUCACCGCCUUCUGAAGUGCUACAGCCUCAUGGCCUAUCCGAUUCUUGAUGAUAAGGGCGGCCAGCUGAAAGUUGAAAUGGAUGGUCAACAUCUUGACGCCUUUGCAGAUCCCGAUGAUGACUAUGCAAAGGUGGUUAUUCCCCACAUUGAGCUUGUGGAGUACUUGGCAAAGUCCCUUCUGGAAACAAUGAAGUGGGAGGCCACUCCACGAGGUGCGGCUUCACUCCUUGAGUCGCUUUACCGUGGUGCUGAGAUCCCUGAUCAUGUAUUCCAGACACCAGCAGUCAUCGAGCGCCUUGAAGAAUACAAGGAUGCAAAUAAAAUUAGUCAAUAG